UUUAACCUUGUCGGUGUCCUCAGCAUUGGAGGCUUGUCAAUGUCACGGAAGAAUGAAACAACAAAUGAUCGGAUGAAUGGGAAAAAAAUGACAUUUUUUUGAUAUUAAGCUUUAUUCGAUGUAUAUAUUUGGACUAUGUUAUUUUUUUCAUUGUGCAUUGUUCGCAUGGAAACAUUAUGGUUCUGAUUGUCCAAAUCAAAAAUUAGCAUUAACCUAUAAUAUAAUAGCAAUGAUCUACACAUUUGUUUUGUUCUUGUAUUUUAAUUUUUAUCAUGAUCGACGAUCUGAUAAUUCUAAACUUCAGAAUUUUUUUUCUGUUGGAAUACUUUUAGCAAAUGUUUGUAUUUGGCUAGAUGCUUUAUUUUCUGAAUCAAAUGAUCUUUUUCAAUAUAGUCAUGUAUUUGUAGAUACAAAUGAUACGGAAAUUAUUAUGUUUAACAUUACAAAUUCAUCCAUUAUUUGUUCCUAUUCCGCAAGGGCGAUGAGAGCUAUAGAGAAAACGGAACCGUUUUUUUCACCAGCAAUAAUUGAGUUUUCAUUAAUGGCUAUUGAUUUGCUAUUUCUCAAAACAGAAAUUCCCCCCGAACAAGAUGAUUAUGAAGUCGAAGAAUAUUGUAUUCUUUUCAGGAAGUGUUUUCAAGCUUUAUUUUCUUUGACAUCUUUUGCUCUGUUUGCCCUUACAUUUACAUUUGUAAUAAUACAAGACAAAUUGGUAGAUAUGUCAAAUUUUCCAGAUGAUUUUACAGUAUACGUUGCCAUUCAGAUAUCCUUUAAGUUUAUAAUGCUUGUGUUGAUUCUCAUCUGCAUUUCUGUUGUUUGGACAAAUAUGAAGUAUCAUUUCAAUGUUUGGUGUUUGGUGCUUCUAAUCAGUUGUUUUGGAAAUGUUGUUAACCAUAUGAUUUAUUGUUUUGGUUUAACAGUGAACAAAGGGCAAAUAGAAAUACCAACUUAUGAUCUCACAAUGUCUUGGAUCGACAACAUUAUUAGUAUAAUACUUGCUUUCUGUCAGACAAACUAUUUAUUAGGAACGCACUCUCACAUUGAAUAUAACGAAAGCUGCUGUUGUAGAGAAAAGUGUUCAAAUUUCUAUAAGAUGUGUGUAAAUUACUUUUGCUUCUUGAUAGGCAUUCUGAAUUUAGGUUUGUGGAUUGGUGAUAGCAUUGGUGAAGAAAGGAUUCCUGUAUUGAGUUAUCCAAUGUAUCAAGCGUAUGAUUCCAAGGUUUGGAAUGUUAUCAUCAAACUUGUCCUUCCAUUGACAAUUUUUUUUCGUUUUAACACUGGACUUAGUUUUUUGGAAAUGUACUGGGAGCGCGAUAAGGUGAUAAGAAUCGAACGAGAAUAAAUAACUAAAUGAUAUUAAAUAAUGUUCUAUAAUCUUAAAUAAAACAGUGUUUGUAAUGCAAAAGAAAAUAUUUCUCAGG